AUGCUUCGGUCCAACCUUGAUGUCGUCGUACAUGAGCAGGAUCCUGCCAUGCUCAAUUCAAGUUAUCGCUCAUUCACCAGUAUCGCCGGCUUCUAUAUCCUCAACCACAUUCAAGGGAAGAAUUUGGUCCACCCUCGACUGUAUAACACAGCAGCCAAGAACCCGGAGCGAACUUUGAUCGUACAAUCAGAUUAA